AAAGUCAUGAAUCUGCCUGCAGGCGCGGUGCAAAAGGGAUCUUGCCCCGUUGCAAGGCGCGACCUCUUCCGCAGCUGCUGUGCAGAGGGGGCUCGCCUUCACCUCCGACCUGGAGCUGCCUGGAUCCAUGUGAUCCCUGGAUCCCGGGCGGGGAUUGGCUGCUGCGGAGGGCGAGGCGGGGGCGGCCUCCAUUGGCGGGCGGAUGGCUCUGGGCUGCCUGCUGCCGGCGGGGAGAGCGGCGCUGCGGGCGAGGAGGGGCCCGGGACCCGCUCUGGGAAGGCUCCCCUUCUGCUGGAGCCCCGGCCCCUCGGGACCCAGGGACAGCAGAGGAUGCGGGGGGAUCCGGACAACUUCUCCCUCAUUUGGAUUCCUCUUUGAUAUCGAUGGAGUCCUUUUACGGGGCCGACUAGUCAUUCCUGCUGCUAAGAAGGCCUUCCAGAAACUGACAGAUGCCAAAGGCCGGUUCCAUGUACCGGUUGCUUUUGUAACCAAUGCUGGGAACUGCUCUCGGGAAAACAAGGCUGAGGAACUCACUGAAGCACUUGGAUUUAAGGUAUCUCCGGAAUGGGUGAUCCUCUCCCAUAGCCCUCUGCGCCUUUUCCAUGAGUUCCAUGGCAAGUGUAUGCUUGUGUGUGGACAGGGUCCUGUGGAGGAGAAUGCCAAAGCGUUGGGAUUCCAGCAUGUCGUGACCAUUGAAAAUGUGAGGAAGGCAUUUCCUUUGCUGGAUAUGGUGGAUCAGAGUCGGAGGCCAAAAGUCCUGCCUCCUCCAACCACCGACUUCCCUACCAUUGAAGGGAUAAUUCUCCUGGGGGAGCCGGUCCGGUGGGAAACUUGCCUACAGCUGAUUAUUGAUAUACUCCUUAGCAAUGGGAAUCCAGGGGCAGAGCUAUCCACGGUGCCAUACCCACAUCUCCCCAUCCUGGCCUGCAACAUGGACCUCUUGUGGAUGGCAGAAGCCAAGAUGCCAAGAUUUGGCCACGGCACCUUUCUUGUGUGCUUAGAGAACAUCUACAAGAAAAUGACUGGAAAGGACCUGAAGUACGAAGCCCUGAUCGGGAAGCCCAGCACUGUCACCUACCGCUAUGCAGAACACGUGAUCAAACAGCAAAUGGAGAGUCGCGGCUGGACAACCCCUCUUCGCCAACUUUACGCUGUGGGGGACAAUCCAAUGGCUGACAUUUAUGGUGCAAAUCUUUACAACCGCUACCUCCAGGCCCAGGGUGAAGUCAGCAUCACUGCUAUGGCUCCUGAGAGCAAGGAACAUCUUGAGGUGCAGAGAGAUCACAGCGCCUCCAUUUGCUCUGCGGAGAGCUGCCAGUCUAUCCUGGUCUGCACCGGGGUCUACAAUCCCUACGGAGACAUGCCUGUGGGCCGCAAUGAGAGCAUGUUGGAGACAGUAUUCCAUGGACACAGAGACUUCCAUUUUGAUCCAAGCUUGGUGGAGGCCUCUCACGUUGUGCACGACGUGAAUGAUGCUGUGGAACUUGUCUUUCAGAAGGAGGACUGGAAGAACGAAUGAUCAUCCUCACCAGCAUCCAAGCUGAGAAUGCAGGAGUGGAAGCAGAACCGAGCUCUUUCAUGUCUAAGCCAUGCUAGAGUAAAGGGAAAUUCUCGCCUUA